AUGGCAACUGAACUAGGCACACCCUCCAAAUCUGCCAUCUGGAAGCAUAGAAAAUGUCUUAUACUCUGCUGCAUAGUUGCCUCGGCCAACAUGCAAUCCGGCUUUGACAGCGCUGCAGUAGGUGCUCUACAGGCCAUGCCGGGAUUCCUGAAAGUUUUUGGUUACGAGGACCCCAAGAGUCCGAUGGGUUAUGGAAUCGAUAGCACUGUCCAGCGUCUCAUCAGCUCUCUCAUAACAGUCGGCAGCUUCGUCUCUUCACUCGCGGCCGGUCUCUUCUCUAGCCAUUUUGGACGUCGCCAUGCUCUUUGGCUGGCAUGUACCUUGAACGCAGCUGCGUGCGCUGUCAUGAUCGCAGCUACCACGCCAGGUGUUCUCUAUCUGGGUCGCCUCUUCCUCGGUUUCGCGAACGGUUUCUUCAUGACUUUCUCGUCCAUCUAUGCUGCUGAAGCUGCGCCGGCUGAGAUGCGUGGAUUGAUUGUGGCUUUGUACGCGUUCUUUGUCAAUAUGGGUGCCAUUCUGGGCUCCGUUAUUGAUAAUGCGACAAAGAGUAGGAUGGAUAAAGGGAGUUAUCAGAUACCCAUUGCAGCGCUGUUUGUUGUGCCUACAUUUCUAGCUGUAGGUUUGAUUUGGGUUCCGGAGAGUCCGAGGUGGUUGCUACAUCGGGGGAAGGAAAACCAGGCCAGAAGGUCUCUUCAAAUACUGAGAGGCGAUGCAUUGACUUUAGAAGAAUUUGAAUUAGAGUGGAGAGAGAUCGUUCGAGGUGUGGAGGACGAGAAGAGGACCGCAAAAAGCGUGGGACUGUUAGCCAUGUUUCGAGGUGUUGACCUCCGUCGCACUCUCCUCUGCUACGCUACCAUUGCCAGCCAAGCUGGUACCGGUCUCUGGUUUAUUGCCGCCUACAGCACGUACUACUUCGCCAUCGCUGGUGUCUCCAAGCCAUUCGAGUACAGUAUCAUGAUGACCUGUCUUGGAUUCGCCGCCUCCAUCUGCGGCAUGUAUGCUUUACAUACCUCCGUUGGACGCCGACCUAUCCUUAUCUACGGUUCUCUUGCGUGUGCCCUCUUCUCUUUGGCGCCAGGCAUCGCGCACUCGGUCAGCCCUCAUACUCCCAUCACGGCCAAUGUCGUAGUUGCUUUCACUGUGCUCUUCAUGUGUGCGUACAACGCUUCCGUCAGUCCGGCUAGCUACGUCGUUGCUACAGAACUGGUAAAUUCUAGAUUGAGGGCUUGGACUGUAGGUAGUGCAACAGCGUUGGGUCAUAUCCUAGCUUGGUUGACAAGCUUUACAACGCCAUAUUUCAUCAACCCAGCAGAUCUGAAUUGGGGUCCUCAAUACAUGUACAUAUGGGCUGCAUCAAACUUCAUCUUCGUUGUAUUCUUCUACCUCUUCCUACCAGAGAUGAAGAAUCGAUCACUGGAAGAGCUGGACAUUAUCUUUGAAGCAAAGAUAUUGGCAAGGGAAUUCAAAGAAUACAAAGUUGAUAUUAUAGAGAUAAAUGGUGUCAAUAAAAGGGAGGCAGGGGGUGAAACAGACAAGUCUAGACCUAUGGUGACAACAGUUGACAAGGAGAGCUUUUUCAGGGCUAGUAUUUAA